GGCCGACCCCUUCCUGGCUGCAUCGAGGCAGCUGCUGGCUGCGGUAUCGCGGCCGUUCCGCCUGGAUCCCUCCGCCGCGAUGCGCCGGGCCCAGCGCCCUGCACAGCGCCCUGCACAGCGGAGCGAGUCCGGGGCUGCCGCCGCGCGGGGCCGCGGGCUGUGAGCGGGUCAGCGAGGGCCGCUCGGCCGGCUCCGUGGGGCUCGGCCCGGCAUGGCGGCGCGGCGGUGCGCGGGCGGCGCGGCCGCCUUGGCCGAGGCUCCGGGCUGCGGCGCGGCGGUGGAGCCCGCCCGGGAGCUGUUCGAGGCCUGCAGGAACGGGGACGUGGAGCGGGUCAAGCGGCUGGUGCGGCCCGAGAACGUGAACAGCCGCGACACGGCGGGCAGGAAGUCCAGCCCGCUGCACUUCGCCGCAGGUUUUGGUCGGAAGGAUGUAGUCGAAUACUUACUGCAGAGCGGUGCCAAUGUCCACGCACGAGAUGAUGGAGGCCUUAUCCCACUUCACAAUGCUUGCUCUUUUGGUCAUGCCGAAGUUGUCAAUCUCCUCCUGCGGCACGGUGCAGAUCCUAAUGCUCGCGACAAUUGGAAUUACACUCCCCUUCAUGAAGCAGCCAUUAAGGGCAAGACAGAUGUCUGCAUUGUAUUGCUGCAGCAUGGUGCUGAACCGACCAUCCGGAACACAGAUGGAAGAACAGCUUUGGAUUUAGCAGAUCCAUCUGCAAAAGCAGUGCUGACUGGUGAAUACAAGAAAGAUGAGCUCUUAGAAAGUGCCAGGAGUGGAAAUGAAGAAAAGAUGAUGUCUCUUCUUACACCAUUGAAUGUUAACUGUCAUGCAAGUGACGGCAGAAAGUCCACUCCUCUACAUUUAGCAGCUGGGUACAACCGUGUAAAAAUAGUACAGCUGUUACUGCAACAUGGUGCUGAUGUGCACGCUAAGGAUAAGGGAGAUCUGGUGCCGCUUCACAAUGCCUGUUCCUAUGGUCAUUAUGAAGUAACAGAGCUUCUAGUAAAGCAUGGAGCGUGUGUGAAUGCAAUGGAUCUGUGGCAGUUCACUCCUCUGCACGAAGCAGCUUCUAAGAACAGGGUGGAAGUAUGUUCUCUUUUGUUAAGUUAUGGUGCUGACCCAACACUGUUGAACUGUCACAACAAAAGCACCAUUGAUUUGGCUCCAACGCCCCAAUUAAAAGAACGAUUAGCAUAUGAAUUCAAAGGUCACUCACUGCUACAAGCUGCAAGAGAAUCAGAUGUUGCUCGUAUAAAGAAACAUCUUUCUUUGGAGACAGUUAACUUCAAGCAUCCUCAAACACACGAGACUGCACUGCACUGUGCUGCUGCAUCUCCUUAUCCUAAGAGAAAACAAGUAUGUGAGUUGCUGCUGAGGAAAGGUGCUAACAUUAACGAAAAGACAAAAGACUUCUUGACUCCUCUGCACGUGGCAUCAGAAAAAGCUCAUAAUGAUGUUGUUGAAGUAGUUGUGAAACAUGAAGCUAAGGUUAAUGCAUUGGAUAACCUUGGCCAGACUUCUCUUCACAGAGCAGCACAUUGUGGUCACCUCCAGACUUGCAGGUUGCUGUUGAGUUCUGGAUGUGAUCCUUCCAUCGUGUCUCUGCAGGGCUUUACAGCCUUACAAAUGGGGAAUGAAAGUGUGCAACAGCUACUGCAAGAAGGAAUCCCUCUAGGUAAUUCAGAUGCUGAUAGACAAUUGUUGGAGGCUGCGAAGGCUGGUGAUGUGGAUACUGUAAAAAAACUGUGUACGGUUCAAAGUGUGAACUGCAGAGAUAUUGAAGGGCGUCAGUCUACACCACUUCAUUUUGCAGCUGGAUACAAUAGGGUGUCUGUUGUUGAAUAUCUUCUUCAGCAUGGAGCUGAUGUGCAUGCAAAAGAUAAGGGAGGUCUUGUUCCUUUACAUAAUGCUUGUUCAUAUGGUCACUAUGAGGUUGCAGAGCUGCUUGUUAAACAUGGUGCAGUUGUCAAUGUAGCUGACUUGUGGAAGUUUACCCCCUUACAUGAAGCUGCAGCAAAAGGAAAAUAUGAGAUCUGCAAACUCCUAUUGCAGCAUGGAGCUGACCCCACAAAGAAAAACAGAGAUGGAAAUACUCCUUUAGACCUUGUUAAAGAUGGUGAUACUGAUAUUCAAGACCUACUUAGAGGAGAUGCAGCUCUACUAGAUGCUGCUAAGAAAGGUUGUUUGGCCCGGGUUAAAAAGCUGUGUUCACCUGACAAUGUCAACUGUCGGGACACACAAGGACGGCAUUCGACACCACUGCAUUUAGCAGCCGGUUACAACAAUUUGGAAGUUGCCGAGUACCUGUUACAGCAUGGAGCAGAUGUGAAUGCUCAGGAUAAAGGAGGUUUGAUCCCUCUGCAUAACGCUGCAUCUUACGGGCAUGUAGAUGUGGCAGCUUUACUUAUUAAGUAUAAUGCGUGUGUGAAUGCUACGGACAAAUGGGCUUUCACACCUUUGCAUGAAGCAGCCCAGAAAGGAAGGACGCAGCUUUGUGCCUUGUUGCUGGCACACGGGGCUGAUCCUACUCUGAAAAACCAGGAAGGACAAACACCUUUAGACCUGGUCACUGCAGAUGAUGUCAGCGCAUUAUUGACAGCAGCAAUGCCUCCUUCUGCCUUACCGUCUUGCUACAAACCUCAGGUUAUAAAUGUAUCUCAGACAGCAGGUUCUACAGCUGAUCCCCUGUCAUCUGUUCCAUCCAGUCCAUCCAGUCUAUCUGCUGCAAGUAGUCUUGACAAUUUGUCUGGUAGCUUUUCUGAACUUCCAUCAGUUGUUGGUGCAAGCAGUGCAGAGGGAGCUACUGUUCUGGAGAAAAAAGAAGUCUCAGGUGUAGAUUUCAGCAUUAAUCAGUUUGUGCGGAACCUUGGCCUUGAACAUCUGAUUGACAUAUUUGAGAGAGAACAGAUAACACUUGAUGUGUUGGUUGAAAUGGGACAUAAAGAACUGAAGGAAAUUGGAAUUAAUGCUUAUGGCCAUAGGCACAAAAUCAUUAAAGGAGUUGAAAGACUGAUUUCUGGACAGCAAGGACUUAACCCAUACCUGACUCUAAACACCUCCAGCAGCGGAACUCUUCUCAUAGAUCUUUCCUCUGAAGAUAAGGAGUUUCAGUCAGUAGAAGAGGAGAUGCAGAGUACUGUCCGAGAGCACAGAGAUGGAGGACAUGCUGGGGGAGUCUUCAAUAGAUACAACAUUUUAAAGAUUCAGAAAGUCUGCAACAAAAAGCUGUGGGAAAGAUACACUCACAGGAGGAAAGAAGUCUCUGAAGAGAAUCAUAACCAUGCUAAUGAAAGGAUGCUGUUUCAUGGCUCCCCGUUUGUGAACGCAAUCAUUCACAAAGGCUUUGAUGAAAGACACGCUUAUAUAGGUGGCAUGUUUGGAGCUGGAAUUUAUUUUGCUGAAAAUUCUUCCAAAAGCAAUCAGUAUGUGUAUGGGAUUGGAGGUGGCACUGGAUGUCCAAUUCACAAAGAUAGAUCUUGUUAUGUUUGCCAUAGACAGUUGUUGUUCUGUCGUGUAACGCUGGGCAAGUCUUUCCUGCAGUUCAGUGCUAUGAAAAUGGCCCAUUCUCCCCCUGGACAUCACUCAGUUACUGGGAGACCCAGUGUCAAUGGACUGGCAUUGGCAGAAUAUGUCAUCUACAGAGGGGAGCAGGCUUAUCCAGAAUACUUGAUUACUUACCAGAUCAUGAAACCUGAAGCCACCACUGAAGCUUAAGAUAAAUUUUGUGUGAGAAACCAUCAGACUUGGAUGUGAAGAUACCGAUGGCUGCCAUCCUGUUAACUGCAAUGAGUUGUUGAGAAAAAAAUCUUCCAUCCACAGGUGGUGUUGGUAGCAAAUGUGAAUAAAAUCUGCCGUUUUUGACUUGAUGAAGCUUUAAUAAUGUAUAGUAUGUUUUUCUAAAAUUUCAGAAUUGUCUUUUUUCAGCACUUUAACGGAUACCAUUCCAGGCGUAAACUGCAGUUUGCCUGUACUAAAUUAUAAACAAAAAUUAACUUGAAGCGAUGGUUUUAUACAAUACUGCAUUGAAAUAUAACAGAAAUUAUGAUGCUCUAUACAGGAAAUUGUUUUACUAAUAUUGUGUUCUUUAAAACACUGCAUUUACACUGAAAAUGUUUUCAUUUGUAAAACUGUAAAUAAGAGCUUUUGUACUAGCUUGGUAUUUAUUUACAUUGCUUUGUAAUAUACGUGUUUUAGAACUGCAACCUUGUACAAAAUGGUUUUUUCCAGAUGUUGGUUUGUUCACCUGUUUGCUCAUGCGCAAUAGAUUUGAAAAGCCAAUUAUUUCAGGGUUUAUCAUUUGUUUGGGAGGGAGAAAACGAAUUUUAUCUGGAGAAGUUUAGAAAUAGCCAACUUUAGAUUGAAUAUUCAAAUUUUUGUUCCGUAGUUUUAUUUAUGAAAUAUACAUUCCUGAGAGUGAUAGGCUAUGAAAAUAUUCCAGCUGAAUGCUUGGGUGCUUUUCCACCUCUUUAUAGAGUCUCGUCUUCUAAUUUCUGUAAAAUGUCUUCUGAAGUUUUUAUUUAACUGUAGCUAUAGUUGAACCGUAUCCUCCCUUCAAGGCUAGUAGACCUUGCAAGUUAGUUUUAAUAAAUUAUUUUUCUUGAAUGUAGUUGGCAAAUUAACCUCAAGGAGGUCUGUCUUGAGUUCCUCUUGCUUCCAUUUAAGCCAGGAAGUUAAAUGCUUCAUUCCUAAUGUGAAGGCGGGCAGCUUGGCCUUCUCCAUAUGAUUAUUUUGCUGAAUGCAUCUCCUUGUCAGUGCCCUCAAGAUGUGAGUCUUGCGAGGUGGAAAUGUUAAAACCAUCCUGUCAUCUCUUGUGUUUCUUCCAUGUUAAUGUUCAAGCUGCAUUUGAAGUGCUUGCCUAGCAGCGUGCUUACCUGUAGUGCUUCUGGCUGAGUGGAGCUGACGGGGGCACAGCUCAGGGCCCUCGUGCCCAGGCCGCUGGAUGAGCAGUGCAGAAGUGGGACCAGCAGUUCUGCCGUGGUGAUCGCUGUCCACAGUGCUCUGCUGAGGCCACUGCUGUGGAAAAGGAGUGCCAAAGGUAUCGCCCCCUGCCAAGUCGCAUUCAGGAUCAUUGAAUGCGCUGAUGGGUUCAGUCGGCCCUGUCAUAGCUUUCAUGUGUAUUCUACUUCCGUCUGCAGUUUUUGUCUACAUAUUUCAAAAAUAUGUAAAUACCAAUUAGAGUUCAUUUGGGUUUGAAGUGGUUGAGAGUAUAUUUGAGUUGUUUUAUAUUUCUACAUGCAGCGCAGUGUCCCGGAAGGCAGUUUGGUUGCUGGCCAUGUUAUCAUGCCAUGGUUUUAAAUGUAGUAACUGGUCAAGAUAAUGAAAACGUCUUGCUGAUGUGGUGGUUAUGUGAUUAUGCUCUAUGUAAAAAUGUAUUGAACCUUACCCAGUUAUGUGGGGAAUCUGAGUAAUAAGAUUGCAUAACUUAUCUCUUGCACAAAGUAAUAUUGGCUAUGAAUAAAAAAGGCUUUGAUUUUUAGGUACUUUUCCCAGCAUGUUGCCUGUUCCUUUGGUGUAGUAACGCUGGAAUUGGUGUUCAUGCAAAACCUGUUAAGUAUGUUUAAAACUUCUUUGUUAUUGCAAAAAUGCUUCAUUCUCUAUGAAUGAUCACCUAAUGUCUUGUAAAAUAUUGUGGUAUGAUAGAUUUAAGUGGUACCACAACACUGGUUUUGUCUGUUUGGGGAUUUUUUGAGCUGUUUUUUUGCAUGACAUACCUUGCACUCUGAAGAUGGAAGCUGUAAUGAUUUGAUAAUAUUGACUAUUGAGGUGAAUCUUUAAUCUUGUGUGCAAUUAGUUCUGCUUUACUCAUCCUAAAGUGUCUUUACAUGUACUGUAUAACAUUCCAUAUUCAUUUAACACUAAAUAAACUUGAUUCACUGGUUUUCUGGUA